AUAAGCACCAAUAAUUCUAGCUGACUAGGUCGGCAUAUCCCGAGGAUGUGACAUAUAUCUUCGUGUGAUGUUUACAGUUUGUUACAGUUCUUUGUCUCUGAGAGCAUAAUAAAUCAUGAUGUCUGGGGCAUAGACACAUAUAUUUUUGUAUGAGAAACAUUGCCAUCAUACAAUUUUUGGAUCAAGAAUUUUCGGAUCAACAUUUUCAGAACUUUUUUUUGUUUCUUGUUUUUUCUCAGCACUCGAAAUAGCCGAGGCGGCUCAUACGAAAACUCCAGGAUAAGGUAUCCGGUAGGUCUACAGAGCAGCAGCCAUGGUGUUGAUCCUGGGCAGACGGCUGAACAGGGAGGACUCUGGGACCCGGGACUCCCCCGCCGUCAAACGAAAGGUGUUCGAGGUGGACUCCAAGACGCUGACCGGCAAUGAAGUGCUGGACUUCUCCUCCGGCUCCUCCCACUCAGAGGCCAUUCUGCAGGUGUUCAAUGAGUUCCGCGACAGCCGCCUCUUCACCGACGUGGUCAUCAGCGUGCAGGGCCGCGAGUUCCCCUGCCACCGCGCUGUGCUCUCUGCCUGCUCUUCCUACUUCCGCGCGAUGUUCUGCAACGACCACCGCGAGUCACGCGAGAUGCUGGUGGAGAUCAACGGCAUCCUGGCCGAGGCCAUGGACUCCUUCCUCAGCUACGUCUACACGGGCCGCGCCAAGAUCACAACCGACAACGUGCAGUUCCUGUUCGAGACCUCCAGCCUCUUCCAGAUCUCUACGCUGCGUGAAGCCUGCGCCAAGUUCCUAGAAGACCAACUAGACCCUUGCAACUGCUUGGGCAUCCAGCGCUUCGCAGACGCCCACUCUCUGAAACAGCUGGCCAGCCGCUGCCGCUCGUACGCCCUGGCCAACUUCCCUGACGUGGCCCAACACGAGGAGUUCCUGGACCUGAGGAGGGACGAGCUGGAGGAGUACAUCUGCAGUGACGAACUGGCCAUCGGGAAGGAGGAGGUGGUGUUUGAGGCGGUGAUGCGCUGGGUGUACCACAGUGUGGAGCCCCGGAGGCCCGUGCUUAAAGAACUGUUGCAUCACGUCCGUCUGCCCCUGCUGCACCCCAACUACUUUGUCCAGACAGUGGAAGGAGAUCAGAUCAUCCAGACCGCUCCAGAGUGCUACCAGCUCCUCCACGAGGCCCGACGGUACCACGUACUGGGCAACGAGAUGAUGUCACCCAGAACGCGCCCACGCAGGUCGACGGGCUUCUCAGAGGUGAUCGUGGUGGUGGGGGGCUGUGAGAGGGUGGGGGGGUUCAACCUGCCUUACACAGAGUGUUACGACCCUGUGACAGGGGAGUGGAAGUCCCUGGCCAAGCUCCCGGAGUUCACCAAGUCAGAGUACGCCGUCUGUGCCCUCCGCAAUGACAUCCUGGUCUCAGGGGGCCGUAUCAACGGCAGAGACGUGUGGAUGUACAACUCUCAGCUCAACCUGUGGAUCAGAGUGGCUUCACUCAACAAAGGACGCUGGAGACACAAGAUGGUGGUCCUGCUGGGGAAGGUCUAUGCAGUGGGAGGGUAUGACGGUCAGAGUCGUCUGAGCAGUGUGGAGUGCUAUGACUCCUUCUCUAACCGCUGGACAGAGGUGGCUCCCAUGAAGGAGGCGGUCAGUUCUCCGGCCGUGUCCAGCUGUGCUGGGAAGCUCUUUGUCAUCGGGGGAGGGCCCGAUGACAACACUUGCUCUGAUAAGGUCCAGUGCUACGAUCCAGAGGCAGACACCUGGGCGCUAAGGGCAAACAUCCCCAUCGCUAAGCGCUGCAUCACGGCGGUCUCCCUGAACAACCUGAUCUACGUGUCAGGUGGUCUAACCAAGUCUAUCUUCUGCUACGACCCGGCAGAGGACUACUGGAUGCACGUGGUGCACACCUUCAGCAAGCAGGAGAGCUGUGGAAUGUCGGUGUGUAAUGGGAAGAUCUUCAUCCUGGGUGGGCGGGGUGAGAACGGCGAGGCCUCUGACACCAUCCUGUGUUACGACCCGGCAACGGGCAUCAUCACUGGCGUGGCGGCCAUGCCUCGCCCCAUCUCUUACCACGGCUGUGUCACCAUCCAUCGUUACAACGAGAAGUUCCACCACCGGCCCUGACCACACAAACACACUCACAAACACACAGGCGUGUACAUAAACAUGCUUUAAAAGACAUUCACUCACACACAAAUAUUCUUCAGACACGCGCUCUCUAAAUGCACACACUCUCAACCCCUUUUUUUUCCUCUCAAGAAGCAACUCAUUUAGAAAUUCAGACCACCGCCCCAGUUUCAGUUUCACUUGUUUCCUUAUUGUCCCGUGAAGCAACACUCUGUUGCUGGUAUUCCUGCUAUGCUACUCCAGAUCCAUCUAUGCCUGCCAGUUGACUUUGUUAAGGUGGUUGUUCAAUGGAAAACCAAACCACGGACUGGCUGGUAUGCCUCCAGACACCACUAUGUCUGUGUUUAGAUAGAGCCUCCAUGGAGCCAGUGGCAGGGUCAGAUCAGAGCAGGCAGACAUGCGCUAGGGUUGUGGUCGCGACAUUUUGUCAGCCGGUGAUGUUCGAGCAAAUAACUGCCGGUAUCACGGUAAUUGAACCGUUAAUUAACGUUAACACCUUUCACAUCUUCUGGCUUCCACUCAUAGCCUACACGCCACUGAUGCAGACCUUUGGAAUAUAUACAUUUUUUAAAAGUCUUAAUAAAUCCAUUUAAUAUGGCCUACCCCAUCCCAAUAAAUCCAUAAUUUAUUUUAGACCGGUCUAAAGAAACAUGAUAUGAAGAAAAUGUAGUUUGUAUUUCAGAAGAACAGAAAAGCAUACUCUGAGUUGUCCUUAUGUUCGGCCCUGAUCUGACUAUGCCAUAUGGCUGUGGGCUACACUAGUUAAUUUAGCAGACAAGAUUUGCUUAGAAUUCCAUGGCAUUAUUUUACAGUAUGAAGAAUACAAUAGCGGAAUAAAAUAUAAAUAAUAUUUUCUCAAAACGAUUUCCGAGGGAGUGCGGUUAAACAAAGGAACAGGUCCUCCUAUACUUCUUCAUUUGGAAUUAUAUAUGCAACUUUAGUUGUGAUUCAAACGUUGGGCUAUGUGUUUUGAUUUUUAAUACAUUCUAAGACUGCAUGAUGUGACUCUGAUGUUUUUUUUUUAAGUCGCAUGAAAGGCAUUAGUUCUGCUGUGUUUCUUGUGCAACCUGCACACACUUCAUCAGUCUCUCAUUUACAAUUUGACAAGCACUUGAUAAUAUUCUCACCAGGCCUCGAAUUUCCUGGCUGCAUCCCCCUGGUGUGGCCGUAAUGCCCCUUAAAAGAAUCCAUGCCUUGCGGCCAUUGGCCAUUGUGCCCUUGGGCUGAAUAAAAUAUAAUAAUUAUAAUUCCCUUCUCCCGCCUGCCAAUCGGCAUGCUCCAAAGCAGCUCUAAUGCUUUAUUAUCUUCCCCAAACUUGGAACUCACAAGCCGCCUAUGUAUGCCAGUUAGUUUUUACGCCGGUUGGAAAGGGGAUUAAUGUGCUUAAUUCUAAGAAGUUAUUUGACCACUUGAGUUGUAAUACUAACCUUAUCAAAACAUAUAGGCCUAUGGGCUAGGCUACAUUAGGUGUGCGACUCUGAUUUGAAAAAGUCACAGAAAAAAGGCAUGUACUGUUUCUUAUCUUCCUGGGCACGCUGGGCAUCGUUCACAAGUGAUAAUAUUGUUAUCAGACUAUUACUUUUAUCUUGUUUUUACUGUACAUAUACUAAAUAAUAUAUGUGUGAAAUUAGUUUUGAUUUUGAAUUAACCAUUAUCAUACACUUGUCUCAGAACAGUGGCAGGGGAAAGAAUAUGUGUCAUCUAUGCACUUAAAUAGCGAAUGGAGGACUCUUUUCCCGUGGUUAAUUUUCAUGCCAGCCAGGUAGGCUAUACUCCUGUUGUAAAGAAAGCAAUGUGCUUAAUAUUAAGAAAGUUGAGAAAUAAAUAUAUUAGGCCUAGUCUAUAGUCUAUAGAAAGCUGAUGGGAGCCUCCUCUUUUUAGUAAAGGCCAUCACUCUGUUUUCUCACGCAAUUGCAUAGCCUAUAGAAUUGUUGCGCAACAUGAGCUCACAGGCUCUCAUGAAGUGUUUGAUUUGAUUUUCCGAUCACAUUUGCAUUGAUGUCAGAGUGAUUAGAGGGGCAAUAGAGUGCUGAGCAGCAGGCAGUUAGCAAGUUUGGUAGGCUACUAAUGACCACCAGUAGCAUCAGAGCGCAGUUUUGGAGAAGCCUAGUUACCGCAACUAAACAGUCACGUGGAAUUUGACUGCGGUCAUGACUUGUGAAUGGCGGUGCAGCGGUAAUACGGUCACUGUAACAGCCCUAGACAUGCCUAGCAUCAGUGUGUAGGCCACAUGCAUUCUUGUGCCAGUAGCAGCUCCUCAUCUCCUCUUCCUAAGAACCAGAGAUUGUGCUCUUUGAUGGACAGAUAGAGACUAUCUUUGAUGGACUGAUAGGGAGUCGUGAUAGUGGAUGAAACAAAGUGUAGCUUUUAGAGAUGAUCUCCAUAAUCUUCAAGUGUUCAUGUGGACAAGUACUGACAGAUUGUGAAUUGUGAUAGUGAACAGGAAAGCUUUGAUUUGGACUUGAGAGAAAUUCAUAGGAAUCUGCCACUGAUUGACAAGGGGUGAUACAGUGAUUCUUAGAACCCAGUUUUAAAAGGCAAUAUGCAUUCCAACAGUCUUAAAAUGGCCUCCUCUUUCUUCGUAACCACUUGAUAGUAUCAUGGAAAUUGGAACAGUAUCAUGGAAUGUAUCAAGCACCUGGAAGCCAGAGGGUAGGAAUGUGGUUCCAUGACUUCAAUUUUAUAUGUCGCUAAGCAGUGAUUGUUUGGUAUAAAACUAAACAAGCUGGCCUAUGCUUAUCCAAAAAACCAUGUCCAAAUAGAACGAAACGUCUUAUUUUCAUUGUCUUCUUUUGUCUCAUUGCCACUAAUUUCAAAUGACAUUCAUUUUAGGAAGCUACCUCCUGCUGUGGUCUGAACUCUGAUUCUGUGUUUCUCCUAUUUCCUUUUCCUGUUAGAGGUUCCCUUACUUAAUCUUUCCAUAUCAUCUCUUUCCUCUUCUCAUAUCCUACCGCUUGUCACUGACACUGUCAUCAUAAUUCCCUUUAAUCUUUGCUGUACACACACACACACACACACACACACACACACACACACACACACACACACACACACACUGAUUUUUUGUUGUUCAAUUUAUUAAAUUAUAUUUGUUCUUUUUUACGGUUGGAUAUUUGUACUGAUGUUAUACCUUGUGCUUGGUGGUGUGCUUGUUUCUACAUAGAGUUUAGAUAGUUGAUUUGGAUGUGUGGGUGAUUUAGUCAAUAUCAGCAGGGCCGUUUUCUAGCAUUUUGGGGGCCCAACCGAGAUUUGGUUUGCAGAGAGAAAAUGUUCCAUUAUCUAAAGCUAAUUUCAUGCAGUUCUACACAUUUUGCCAUGGGUUGGGGGCCCAAUAGCGGCCGCUUAUGUCGCUUGUGCCUAGAACUGGCACUCGAUAUCAGAUGCCUUAGUAGAUGAAAUAUAAGUGAGUGGUAUAUUGGGUGAUUUUUAUUAUAUGUAAACCAGUUGUAGCUUUAUAUCAUAAUAUUAUGUUUACUAUUGUGCUGCUUACCCAGUGGCCUUGCCUCAUAUAUGCAAAUUCUAUAGAACUCUAUGCCAUACAUAGACAAUGGCACCUCUCACCUGUAUACCCAUACAAUGUAUAGCUCAUGUACACAAUGUAGCUCGGGGUAACCAUGGAAACCUCCAGGUGUGUGUGCCUUUAGCUCUAACGAGCUGACACCUGUGUAUUAACUCACAGGAUAUGAUUGAUUGGCAGGUGUGAUGGUGGAAAUUUUAAGUCUUGAUUCUGGUCAGUAAAAGUCGCUUUUUACUUUUGGUGUCGUUAGAAUAAGAGAUGAAUUGCUGUGAAUUGAUGUAUUGCUGUGAUACGGUGACGUUGAGGCCUUCUCUUUACCACAUUUUUAUUUAAAUGUUCUGUCAUCCUUGUUCGCAUAUGGUUUGUGUCUUUUUGGUGUUUUUUUUUUUGUAUCCGAGAGCCCCAAUUGUGCACUUUUACUAUUAUAUCGCAAUGUAAACAUGAUUUUUUAUUUCCUUUUAUUACUGUAUCAGUAAAUGACAUUUGCUUUCAUGUGACGUAUGUAAGUGGAGUGAAUGGAGCCUGUCAGCGCCUCAUACUGGUCUGCCUGCUAUUGCUGUGGUUCCCCACAAAUAGCACAACUAUAAUAUGAGAGAUCAAGAUCAACACAGGGAGAGAAAAAGAGGGGGGUAGAGGAACAUGCACUCCAUUAUUGGGUGAAGGAUAAGGAACGGUUUUGUUACUCAAUUAUGUUUUUACUAAACAAAUCAAAGUGAAAGAAAAUGUGAGGCAUGUUAGCUUAAUCUGCAUUCCAGUGUUUUGUGUCAUAGUUGAGCGAGAGAGACUUGUUGUUUCCUGUUGUUGUGGUGAAUGCUGGGAUUGUGUGUGUUGUUGACGAGUGAUGCUUGUUUUUGACAGUCUGCCACAGGUAAGUUGUCUGCUCUAUUUUGGAUGACUCUCAAGGGUGAUGGAUGUAAAUGCAGAGUUAGGCAUUUGGCUCAGAUCAAAUCCCAGAGGUGAGAUUUUGAACUGAGCUUUCAUGGGAACUCUGGAUUUGAACUAUGGCCGUGAUGAAUUUGUAUACAGCCUACAGUACUUGUGUACAAGAUUAGGGCUAGUUCCACCUAGAGAAUGCAAUCCUUUGUGCCUGGAAUAAGACACUAUUGGAUUAAAAUCUGUCUUUCUGAUAUUAAGGAAACAGAACAUUAAAGUAUGUAUGAUGUGAUAUUCAAAUCUCUCUUUCGCCUUGGUUCUUCUGUUUCUUCUGAAAAUUUGCGUGGACUGUCUGGGCUGUAGUAUGUCGGACUGUAAUUGCUGACUUGUGUAAGUGAAGCAUCAAUAAAGUUAUUCUCUAUACCGAA